AUGUCACAGGAACAAGCGACUGCUUUCAAGAACCAGAGUAUCGAGCCCGACACGAUCAAAGUCUUCCAAAACGUCGAUGAAAUUCACAAGCGCUGGCUUUACCAAACUUCAUCCUUUCUGGGAGAAAUAAGUCAACCGACCGAUGCCCAGAUAUUCACUUUGAACGUGUCCGAGGUGAUCGAAAGACGAAUUCGAAAGUGCAACUCAAAUAAACGAACCAAGCUGGUCUUCAUGUGCUUGCUCUGGUGUGGCACGAAAGAUUUGUGGGAAUUGGACAUCAUGGACAUAUGUGAAGGGUUUUUCGAGGACAAAGAAAGAUGGGAGAGAGGUAACGUUUAUCCCGAGUCAUGA